ACCAGCACAAAAUUGAACAGCUCAAACGUUCCACGCUGGAAUUAUUUGCGCAGCUCAAUCAACGGUAUAAAAGGUACGAAAUGAACCAUCGAAUUCAUAAUCAAAUAUUUCUCUCAAAUCAACAAAACAGCCUCCUAAUUUUACAAGUAAAUUGUCCUAGAAGUAAACCCUUGAGCUACCACAAUCAAACCUUAAAAAUAUAUCCAGUUUCAAACUGCAACAAACAAUUGAUAAAACAUUUUGUGAUAUACAACACCCCAAAAAGUAAACACAAAUGGGUAUUUUUGCUUCGAAACUACUUGAGCUUUACAAUUCGUGGGGCAGUGAGCCAUCUCGGGUUCUGAUGCUCGGCUUGGAUGCCGCAGGAAAAACGACAGUCCUCUACAAAAUCAAAUUGAACGAGCAAGUCACUACAAUUCCCACUAUCGGAUUCAACGUGGAAACGGUUGAACUCGGAAACGGUCUGACCUUCACUGUCUGGGACGUCGGAGGUCAACAAAGACUGCGUCCUCUCUGGCAACACUACUUCCAGAACUCUGAUGGACUCAUUUAUAUUGUAGACAGCAAUGACCCCGACAGAUUCGGCGAAGCUCUUGAGGAACUGAGUUCGAUUCUCGCCGACGAUAGGAUGCGAGGUGUUCCAGUGCUUCUGAUGGCUAACAAGCAAGAUCUGCCCCACAGUCGAAGCGUUUCAGAAGUGACAGAACGAAUGAAGAUGCAUUCUUUGAAGGAUAGAGCAUGGCAUGUACAAGGAUGCUGUGCCCCAUCGGGAGACGGGAUUCUUGAGGGCAUGACUGAACUUGCACGAAUGGUGAAACACUUCAGAAAAAAUGCCAGCCAGAGAUACUAUUAGACUCUACACAAAACUGAAUAUCAAACCAGACUGAAAUGUUUGAAUUUUUGUUCUUACUAGCUUGUUGUUUUCUUCAUUUUCCAGAGUUUGGCGAUAAAUAGCUUUGAUUUUUAGUUUGUUUGUUCUAGUUUUCUUAUUCGA